AUGCACCGACGGAGAAGUGCGGAGAGGACGAGGAAAGUGACGCCUCCGUCUCCAACGUACAUGAACAACGAGCAGUUCGCUGCAUACCUCGCCAAUCUCAGAACGAACCGUGUCGCUCGCCCUGGUGGCGCGAGACCACAGCCUCCAUCGUCGACAGCCAGGUCCAAACGUCCCUCUCACGACCAGCCGAACACCUCUGAACCUCUUUCCCGUUCUGGAAGUCCUGCUGUGUCGAUCCCCAGCUCUGUCGACAUCUCCGCCCGACCAAGCCCUCCCCCGGCCAAUGCCAGCUUUUCUUCCCGCUACUCCAUGUCCAGCAUCUCCGGCCGCGAUUACUACCCUCCCCGUUCUGCGACACCUUUGAAGCCUUCCGAGGUUGUACCCACCGACACGUAUAUGGAAAGGGGGCAAAGAUGGAUGGAAAAGGAAGAAGCAGUAUCCCUUCGUCAGGCUAUGGACGAUAUGCGCAUCAAGGACGACAAUGACGACGGAGCCUGCGUUUCCAAUGUCCAAGGUGAUGCCACUAGUACCCAGGACGAUGAUACGAGAAUCUAUAAUGCUGCUCUUGACGAGGCCUCAGAAUUGGUCUGGCAGCAUCGGAAUGGGGUUGCCCCUCCCGAUCCCAAUGCACCAUAUCGAUACAAGCCUCACCUGAGGAAGAACAGCUAUGCCCACGCGCGCACUGCUAGUGUGGGAAAAUACGGCAAUGAGAUUGGGCCUUCUGGGCUGGCUAGAGACACUACACGGUCGUUUUCAGGCAGUUCCACUGAAAGCGACGGACGUCCUUCUUUGUCACUGUCGCGUGAUAGCUUUGGAAGAGAGGAGAAAAGCCCGGAACGCCCCUCCUUGGACUGUGAAAUAUCUGGUCCAUCUGGUGCCAUGUAUUCCAACUCUGGGGUUGCGUCCGUCAGCCGCCGCCGCAGCAGCAUGAAACGCAACAUCAGCGGCGAGGUAGAAAAGCCCUUCUCAGGGGAUCAGAUCUGGGAGGAGCCUGAAGUCAACAACCGCCGAGGAGCACCCAAGCCCAAAUCGGAGGCUGUGCCGGAUCUUCCUCUCGUUGACAAGCCAAAGAACCCUCAAAGCCAGGUGCGCUUCGCGGCUGGGCCGCCAGCUGACCGUGUGGCGCCGUGGAAGCCCAGGUGCAAAGUUGAGAUCCACCGCAACCCGCCUUCCCAAUCGCGGAACCCACAGUACACGACGAACACGUCCUUCCCAAAGCCUGCAGCGGAUGGAACCGUGCCGAAGAAGAACGGGAUGGAGAUCCGCGGCGACGAUAUCAGGGGAGCUACAAGUAUGAAGCUGAAAGAUCGCAGCGCGAAGCUGCCAACGCCCACGGCCGUCAGUGAUCGACCUGGACGGCCGAUUGUAAGCUUCGACUCGAACUGGAAAGCUCCGGACGAGAAAACUGAUGCAAGGCCAGGAUCGGCUUUCGGCACCUCCGACACAGGAGCUUCCAGCCAAAAGGACCAGCCGGUGGAAAUUCCUUCUAUCGUGGUGGCGCCGGAGGAUUUCUCGACGGACGGGACACGCCGGGUCCCGGCCAUGCCGUCAAUAAGUAUCGCCGGCGUUGACGAGCCGGCUGCAACGAACACAAGUAUACCUGUUAUUGUGACUCCCGACGACGACAACGCAGCAGGAGCACCACGGCCCCUGCCCGACCCCAAAGCCGUCCCAGGUAGAGGACGACCUUUUCAACGCCCACAACGUCACUGGUCACCAGCACCCGGCACUGGGCAUCGCUCGACUACUCUAUGCCACGAGUGUGGAUUUCCUAUCGAGGGUAGGUUCGUCUCCCUGGCUGGGCUGACAGAACGCUUUCAUCCCCAAUGUUUCAGCUGUUUUGCCUGCGGUACUGGUCUCGAAGCUCUAGAGAUCAGCCCCGAGCCAGAGGCACAUCGUCAGAACCGGUUGGACAGGAUCAGGCGCCGGGAGAACGGCGAGGUGUUGGACGAGGCACCGGGCGAAACUGUGGCCGAAGACGGCGAUGAACGACUGCGAUUCUAUUGCCAUCUGGAUUGGCAUGAGCUUUUUGCUCCAAGAUGCAAGCACUGCAAAACGCCUAUCCUCGGCGAGCACGUGGUCGCACUCGGUGAACAUUGGCACUACGGCCAUUUCUUCUGUGCCGAGUGCGGGGACCCCUUCGAAAAAGGCAUGACACAUAUUGAGAAGGACGGAUACGCUUGGUGCAUCAACUGCCAGACCAAGCGAACAGAACGAAGGGCACCCAAGUGCAAGAAGUGCAGAUGCGCCGUCAUCGGGCAAUACAUCAGGGCCCUAGGGGGUGAGUGGCAUGACGAAUGCUUCCGCUGCGCUGCGUGCAAUGGAGGCUUUGAUGAUGGCCAAAUCUUUCCGAAGGACGACGGAGAAAAGACGAUUGUGCUUUGCACGCGAUGUCGCAUGAUGGAACUCAAGGCGUAA